GAGGCAUUUUUCUUUCUUUUCGCUGUUGAAUUUAGCGCGUGGCAAACGUCGGUCCGGAUUCCCAAAUUUUUGUCCUCUCGGUGCGACCCGUAAACGAAUUUUUAUUUUUCUACCUUUCUACUACUGAAACAAAAAAACAAAACCAAACACCUCCAACAUGAGAAUCUACAAGGAUAUCAUCACCGGUGACGAGAUGUUCGCCGAUACCUACAAAAUGAAAUUGAUCGAUGAAGUCAUGUAUGAGGUGUACGGCAAAGUUGUCUCCCGCUCCGAGGGCGAUAUUCAAAUUGAGGGCUUCAAUCCAUCGGCCGAAGAAGCUGACGAAGGCACUGAGACCACCGUUGAAACUGGUGUCGAUGUUGUCAUGAACCACCGCUUGCAAGAAUGCUUUGCCUUCGGCGACAAGAAAAGCUACACCAUCUACUUGAAGGACUACAUGAAGAAGGUCUUGGCCAAAUUGGAAGAGAAAUCCCCCGAUCAAGUCGAGGUCUUCAAGACCAACAUGAACAAAGUCAUGAAAGACAUUUUGGGCCGCUUCAAGGAUUUGCAAUUCUUCACCGGCGAAUCCAUGGACUGUGACGGUAUGGUUGCCUUGUGCGAAUACCGUGACAUCAACGGUGAAAGUGUGCCCGUCUUGAUGUUCUUCAAACAUGGUUUGGAAGAAGAGAAGUGCUAAGAAGAAAUUCAACAACAAUGUUCAGCCAGCCAGCCUAUCACAUCUCUUUUUUUAUACAGUCGCAUUAAAUUAUAGUUUCAAUUUUAUAUAUA